AUGGAAAAACACAAUCUAUCAGUGCUGAAUGAAUUCAUUCUUAUGGGAAUUACAGACCGUCCUGAGCUGCAGGCUCCAUUAUUUGUGCUCUUUCUCAUGAUCUACGUGAUCUCACUGGUGGGCAACUUGGGCAUGGUCAUCCUCACCAAGAUGGACUCCAGGCUACAAACACCCAUGUACUUCUUUCUCAGACACCUGGCUUUUACUGAUCUUGGUUAUUCAACAACUGUGGGACCCAAAAUGUUAGUAAACUUUGUUGUGGAUCAAAACACAAUCUCCUAUUAUUGUUGUGCAACACAACUGGUUUUCUUCCUUUUCUUUAUUAUUAGUGAACUUUUUAUUCUGUCAGCAAUGUCCUGUGACCGUUAUGUGGCCAUCUGUAAUCCUCUGCUCUACACUGUCAUCAUGCCACAAAGGGUAUGUCAGGUGCUGGUGGCAAUCCCAUAUCUCUACAGCACAUUUAUUUCUCUUCUAAUCACCACAAACAUUUUUAAUUUAUCCUUCUGUGGCUACAAUAUCAUCCAUCAUUUCUACUGUGAUGACCUGCCUUUGUUAUCUUUGCUCUGCUCGAACACACAUGAAAUUGAAUUAAUUAUUCUGAUUUUCUCAGCUUUUAAUUUGAUUUUAUCUCUUCUGAUAGUUUUUUUGUCUUACCUGCUCAUCCUUGUAGCUAUUCUCAGGAUGAACUCUGCUGAGGGUAGAUGCAAGGCCUUUUCUACCUGUGGAUCCCACCUGACAGUGGUCACAGUGUUCUAUGGGACACUGAUAUUUAUGUAUGUGAAACCCAAGUCUAGUCAUUCAUUUGAUACUGAGAAGGUGGUUUCCAUAUUUUACACCCUGGUUAUCCCCAUGUUGAAUCCCUUGAUCUAA